GUCGCAAACACUGGGAACGCUGGUCAAUCUCGCGGGAAAACAAGAUGGGAGAGAAAGGAGAAACCAGAACCAACUUACCAUGGGUCGAAAAGUACAGGCCGAACAAGCUCGACGACCUCAUUGCACACGAAGACAUUAUCAGCACGAUCAACAGAUUCAUUAAUGAAGACAGACUGCCUCACUUGUUGUUCUAUGGACCACCAGGCACUGGGAAAACGUCAACCAUUUUGGCAUGCGCGCGACAAAUUUACGGUCCAAAAGAGUUUGGCUCAAUGGUUCUGGAGCUGAACGCUUCGGACGACAGAGGAAUCGGCAUUGUCAGAGGAGAGAUACUCAACUUUGCCAGCACAAAAACAAUAUUCAAGUCCGGUUUCAAGCUGAUCAUCCUUGAUGAGGCCGACGCCAUGACAAAUGAUGCACAGAAUGCUCUCCGAAGAGUGAUUGAGAAGUUCACAGAGAAUGCUCGGUUCUGCCUCAUCUGCAACUACCUGUCCAAGAUCAUCCCUGCACUGCAAUCGCGCUGCACUCGCUUCCGCUUUGGGCCCCUCUCCUUGAGCCAGAUGAGCCCCCGGAUAGAGCACGUCAUUGAGCAAGAACGCCUGACUGUUACCGAGGAUGGAAAGAAGGCACUGAUGGACUUGGCUCAAGGGGACAUGAGGAAGGCACUCAACAUCUUACAGAGCACGAGCAUGGCAUUUGAAGAGGUCACCGAGAACAAUGUGUACCAGUGCGUGGGCCACCCUCUCAAGUCGGACAUCUCCAACAUGGUGACCACUCUGUUAAAUGAGGACUUUGCCUUCUCCUACGAUCAGAUCAACAAAGUGAAGGUGAACAAAGGACUCGCGCUCCAGGAUGUCCUCACCCAAAUUCACCUUUAUGUUCACAGAAUCGAGUUUCCCAACGAGGUGAAGAUGUAUCUCAUCGACAAGAUGGCUGAAAUUGAGAAUAGGCUUGCUGCUGGAACAAGUGAGAAGAUACAACUUAGCUCCCUCAUCGCGGCCUUCCAGACCGCCAGACAGAUGGUGGCAUAGCUUUGAUGGCAUGGCUAUGUUUGCAACAGCAUCUAUUAACACAACAAUAAACGGAGCAUAGAAAAGGAAACAAA